UGAUCAAAUGACCUUCUUGUGGCAAAUAAUUCAAUCCUCAUUGGAAACAGUUAAGGGAGUACUCUGCCGCCUGCUGAGACAUGUCUACUGCGUACAAAAACAGAAUACAGGAGUUUAAAGCAGCCUUGAGUGAAGAAAAUAUAAACUUGAAGACACUGAGGGAACUGUGCUUCAGUGGAAUCCCAUUUGAAGGAGGUAUACGAGCACUUUGCUGGAAAAUCCUUCUUAAUUACCUACCUCUCAAUCAGACAUUAUGGGAGUCUUUCCUCAAAAAGCAGAGGGAGGUGUACUCCCAGUUUUUAAAAGAAAUGAUCAUCCAGCCUGGUAUUGCAAAAGCCAACUUGGGCCUUUCCAGAGAAGAUGUGACUAUGGAGGACCAACCUCUAAAUCCGAACCCAGACAGCAGGUGGAACACCUACUUCAGAGAUAAUGAAAUUCUGCUCCAGAUUGACAAGGAUGUAAGGCGGCUGUACCCUGACAUGGCGUUCUUCCAGCGUCCUACUGAAUACCCUUGCCAACUUAUCCUGGACCCUCAGAAUGAUUAUGAGACGCUGCGUCGUCGAGUCGAACAAACAACCUUGAAAUCACAAACCGUAAACAGGAACCGCAGUGGAGUCACCAAUGAAGAGCAGAACAUCAAACCCCAGUAUUUCACAUUCCGGUGGCUGACCUUAUUGUUAUCUCAGGAAUUCCUUCUGCCAGAUGUCAUCCGCAUCUGGGACACCUUGUUUUCUGACGAGGACCGAUUUCACUUCCUCAUCCUGGUCUGCUGCGCCAUGCUCAUACUCAUCAGAGAUAACUUACUGGUAGGAGACUUCACAGUGAAUAUGAGAUUACUGCAGGAUUACCCCAUCUCAGAUGUCCACACCAUCUUGACCAAGGCCAAAGAGCUGCAGGGUAACUCCUAACCUGUUCACUCAAGUCCCCCUGCCAUCUCUGCUCAGAUGUGAUAGGUGGGAGCUCAGACAUUAGAAACAUUGUCAUGUCAAACAUGUUGUGUGAGAGGACCUGAUCACUGAAGAGCCUGGAUAGGUGUGUUGGGAAACUAGCAUACUGCUUUUUAACUCGGUGUCUGAGGUUUAGUCAGUGGAGACUGUGUGAAAACCCGGAGGACAUGUUGAAACUGUUCCUUCCUCAGAGUGAGGAGGAGGUGCCACCUGUGUCUUGAUGCAUUAUAGGAAAAGGCAACCUCGGUUAUGUGGUCCUUCUCUUCCUCUCACAGCAAUCUCGCCAAUGGAAAUUUGCUGUGAACAGAUGAUGAUAUUUGCACUGACCACGUGAGGGAGAGGCAGCCGCAUUAAACCUACACUACCAAUGUUAGUCAUGCAAACAUUCUAGAAAUAUUGGAAAUUGAAGCCAAGAAUUAUAACAAAAAUGGAUUGAGCAGAUGUUUAAUUGGGUUGAGUAGUAGUGCAGGUUUGUUCUUUAAGGGAUUUUUUUUCAAGUUGAGUGCUUUUAAUUCUGAAUUGUGUAUGCCUUAUUUGUUUAAUGAUGUGAAACCAGAAUCAGUAUUUCUGGUUAUAUUUUCUGUCUGAUAACAUUUUUGAAGUGAUGGGAUGGGACGGGCCUAUUGAAUAUUGUAUUAACAACCUCCUGAAAAUAAUUUCCUGAGCAUUAUGUGUCCACAACACCUUUUGUCCCAUUGGAAAUAUAGGUUUCCUGAUAAAGUCAUGUUUCUCUGGCAAAAUGCUAAAAGGCCAGAACCAAGACAGGACCUUAUUUUGCUUUUCACACUGAGCAUUAUUUGCGGAGCUUUUUCUUCAGCCUGGGUUUAUAUGUAUCUGUAUACAAUACUUUAUGUAUACCAUGGUCAUGGUGAAUCAUUCUGCUUCACAGUUCAUACUCUUUAUUGCAAGGCUGCUGGUUUCUUUUGUUACAGGCCUGCAGUAAUUAGGUUUGGUGUUGUUUGAAAUUGACUGAUAUUAGUGUGAUACGAUAUCAUUUGUGGUUGUUCAGCAGUUGCAUGUUUGUUUGUUUUUUUUUUGCAGUAACACAAGAAGCUAAAGCAGGGUAAAAGAACUGGCACUGCUAUCUUUCCAUAUCCUGUGCAAACUUGAUGUUAAGUGAAAAAAAACCCUUUCUUGCUUCUGCAGCAGAAGUCUAAGAACGGAGUGACAAGCAGGUUGCUGUAGUCUGACUCAGUACCAGAGUAAAGCUGUUGUAAACCUGUUUUACAUUGAGAACAGGCCUGCAAUUAAAAUGUUUAAGGAAAUUAAAUCAUUAACACUGGGUUACUAGCUAAACUAGCCCAGAGUUAAUGGCAGUGAUUACCUUUGUUUAAGGCUGAUAAUGUACAGUGUGAAACACCAGCACAGCUUAACAGUGUUUUAUUAUUUUAUCACGUAUAAUGCACAUAACAUAUGAUAUAUGUGGCAAACCUGUCAUGACUUGAUUAUGUUUAGUUUCUAAUUUGAAUGUAAAUUUGCUAACUUAAAUGUACCACUGCUAUAAUAUUCGGAAACUAGUUUGUUACAUGUUAACAAGGUUAAAGGAUAAGGCCAGUCAUUUUCUAUAUUAACAGUAUUUUCAACACUCUCCAUGCAGAGACCAAAACCAACAAAGAUUCGCCUCAACUCACUAUUAACACCUGUCAGUCCUGGAUUAUUUUAUUCAUCUGUACCAGAGGCCUCUGUUGUUGGUCAAAAACAAUUAAAAAUGCAUCAGGGAGACACACUGCUGCACUGGGUGAUAUGUUUCUUCAUUAUGAAACACCAGGCCCUGAUAUUUGUUAAGAACUCCAAGAGAUCUCAUACAUGGGCCCUUGACUCUUGCUUACUUCAUAUUCUAUAAAAAGUUAAGGCCAUUCAGAGCCUUCGGGGAAGCAUUUUUAAAAAUAUUUUGCUGUUAUUGAACAGUAAUGGAGAUCUAUGGCACAGAUAAAUAAGCAAAUCCAUAACUGAGAGACUGACGGAUAUUAAUUGUGGGGAGUGUUUGAAAUACUCUAUAUAGAGAAAAUGACUGACCUUAUCCUUUAAUCAGAAAUGGAAAAGAUAUAAUCUCAGAAAGCUGUGUACAGCUGAAAAUAUGUUUGAUACCUUGUUUUUUUUUUUGUAUACACUCACCACCCACUUUAUUAGG